UGGUCUUCUUGUAACUCUGCAUACCUUGAGGUCAAAGGUUAAACUCGCAACUUUGCAGCAUGGAGCGAAAGGAAGCAAAUGCAGUGAAUGAACACCACGUCGGUAAGCCAGCUAUCCACACUACCUCACAGUUUCCGUCUCGGAUUAAAGAAUCAGUGUUCCUGGCGACAGUGGCGGGCAUGUCCAUUCUUGGAGGCUUCGGAAUGACCAUCGCCAUGGCGAAGAGGAAAGACCCUCACAUGUUUGUCAAAGGUUUGCUUCCGUCACGUGAGGUACCCGAGAGUGGAGGCAGCUUAGCCAUGCGAGCGCUUGGAUGGGGAACGCUGUACUCAGUAGCAGGAGUAGGCUCCAUUUGCUUCGUCGUCUGGAAAUUGCUUGGCGUUCAGAAUUUGAACGAAUUCAGAGAAAAGGUCGGUAGUGUUCUUCCUAGAAUUCCCAAGAAAGAAAAUCCAGGCCGUGGAGACUUUAGAACACUGCGAGAACUUCUUGAAUACAUCAUAGAGGAGGACACGAAGAAGAAAAGCGCCAAAGAAUCUUAACCAAGAAGACCAACCAUCGACGGGAUUCCCAGCAAGCAUUGUGAUUCUUGAUUCGUGUUGUUUUGUAUUGUUACAGGGACAAAAUGUGAACUUGCGCUACUGCCGAAAUGGAAUUCGGUAGAUGACCCUUGAACUUCUGUUACAUCAGCAGAGUGGAGGUGGUACAAAGCAGCACAAAACUGAAUUACUAAGACAUCAUCAGUAAGAGCAAAGAGAAAAACAUAAAGCAACACUGCGUGUGUGUGUUUAUUGCCAGUUCAAGCAUGUACAUUUUAAAAUUGUUCACCAUUGAGAACGGGUGAUAUCUUUAAAUUUUAUUGCCAAUCACGUCCAGUCGAACUGCUGAUGUGUUGUUUUACAUUUUAUGGAAUCUCCUGAACCCUUUAUGGAAAAUACAGAAAUAUAAAGAGUCCGGGAGAAUUGACAUUGACCCUACAUGAGGGAUGCUUGAAUGCAAUGCACUGUAUUAAAAAUAAAGAGAUGUUUUUGUUCACAUAUUGUUCACACAACUUGAAGUGGGAGUAAGGACCCGACUGUUUUGAGGGACGUUGUUGAGGAUUGUGAGAUGCCACACUCCUGAGAAGGAAAACAUGCAUGAUUCUUUGACAUAAGCAAUGCAUUUUUUGGUGCGACAGGUUUAUUUAGUGAUUGAGAAUCCGUGUGUGUUGGGCCGUAGCAUGAUCUCUAUUCAGGCGCGCGUGUAUACACAGAUUCUAGUAUUUGUAGACGAAUGUUUUUAAGUGAGCGUGCAUGUUCAAAUGUGUUGUUUGCUUGCAUAUAUAUAUUGACUGCUCCUGUAAAGAGAGUGCAUGUGUCGGAUGCCAUUGUUGGUAAUAAUCGUGCUUACUAUGCUAUAACAUGCUGCAGUGAAAAACGAUAUAACCUCAUUCAAAAGUGUGAUGUAGUCAUGUCUCUCGACUGAUUCUGAGAACCAUAAAAAGAAUGCAAUAAAGAAGUUAAAGCGAC